AUGGGGAGAGAGAAGAAGGCCGCACCGGGUGCGGCGUCUGGCAGUCACGCCAAAGACAGGCACAAGAAGAAGGCCGUGGCCGACCGGGAAUGGAGUCGCCCUUUACCAGCAGGCCUGGAUCCCCGCCGUGCCGCACCGCAGAUCAAGUCUAAACACCAGUCCUACUUUGAGCUGGUCGAGAACAAAGACAAGAAGAAGAAGCUGGAGUUCAAGAUCACCGCCGACCAAAACCCACCACCGGGCUUUGAAUUUGUACCCAUCGGCAAUCCAAAAUUGACUAGUGCCUGCAAGGAGAUCUCAAGAGAACAGGAUGCUAUGAUCUUCAUUGUCUCGGUCUGUUCACCAGCUCGCCGCCGCAAAGCUCGAGCCAGAAACUCACACAAGCUACAACCACAGGCCAGCACAAAGACCAACAACCAACUCCUUUCGCACCAUCUGAAUCGAACCGGCCAUCACAUUCGGCAGACAAUCGUCGAACAAGCUCGGGCCGCCAUUGGAGACGACCCGGACACUGUUAACCAUCAGGCCGGUGUGCCUGAGCCAAUUCCAGAGACCCAGGACGAGAUUAACAAGCAGGCUGAUCAGGCUAUCAGAGAUUUGUUCCCUCGCAUCCCGAACACAGACAGGCAAAUGAUUAUUGAGCAUGCCUUCAAGAAGGGAGCGACAAUGAAUGGAGAUCCACUCGUUGGUUUGGCCAAGGACAUAACGCUAUCUCGGCGUGUUCAGCUUGCUGUUCUGGCACAUAUCAGGCAUAACCAUACCAGAUAUGAUGAUCUGCUUCGCGAGACCACUUACGUAAAUGCCAGGAAAGCCGUUGAGCCACUAUGCCUCGAUAUCAUCGUCAAGUGGCGAGGUGAUGAAGAAACAGGCCGUGAUCAACUGGAAGAGAUCCUGCGCGAGGUCAUUGUCCUGUCAGACUCGGAGGAUGAGGACGACAGUGGGGAUGACGAUGAGACCGAUGACACUGCGAUCUCAUCAGACUCUAUCCAGGAGAUCACAGCCAGUACCACUGCGGCGGAGCGCGACGCCCUGCAGCGUACUCUGCGGCAUUCACGUCCCAGAAUGGAACGGCUGGACAAACAGCCUCGUGGGACUCUGACCCGUCCCCUGCCGAGGGCCUCUGCUCUAGUGCCGCUUGACCUCAUAGCUCGCGAAGAGCGAAGGGCAGCUAAGAAGGCCCAACGCGGGUUUAAGAGGUACGAGGCUGUGCGUCAGGCCAGAUGGGAUGAAGCUAGGACCCGUUUCCAUCUGGAAGAGGGUCCUGGACGAAAUGACCAAGCACAUGCUGCCCAAAGGCACGAUAUGCACUUACCUGAACCAGGCACGUCGUAUCGGCCUGAGAUGAUGCAUUCACUCGGAACAGACAGUACCUCAUCUGUUCAGUCUGCGAGAAUUCUCCGUGCUGCCAGCCUUGGCCACUCACAUCUGCCCUCUCCGUUUCGAAGGAGUGGCCGCGGUGAAGAUCAACCUAUGCACGCAUAUCACACUACCUCAGAGGCCAGGGUGCCAUAUGCUUCGCUUGAUGGUCAAAUGGCAUCAACAAGCUUGGCACAGUCACGGCAGAGUUCCAGAUUGACGGUAGGGCCCGAGGAUCUGCAAGACUAUCUCGUUCCAUCUAUUGAACCUGCCUCACCGGUUGCGAAUAAUGAUAACGCAACGCCAGUGUUUGUGCGGAGAGUCUCUCCCACCGAAAGCUUUGUCCAGAAUAGGCGUCCAGCGGCAGGACACGCGCACAAUGCUUCACCGCUCCAUAGAACCCCUGGGUUUGACAGGCCACUGGCAUAUCCUCCGGAUGGACGAGAGCAACCGGAAUAUAUCAGGACCUCUUCUGGUAUCACCUAUCAUCCCGCUCUUCCCCGUGAACGCCAUGCCUCGGGUGUUGUCCAUCAGGGUCAAGAGAGCCCGAGAUUCAUGGGCAGCAGAGAAUCUCCUGGAGGUCGUUCAUACGUGCGCGAUGGGGCGACCGCCUCCAGACCAAUCCUGAUUGACGGGAAUGCUGAAACUCUUAGGGAGACGCCGCAUCGCCCCAUUGUCGUCGAUGACUGGCCUGAUAGACACAGCCGUGUCAGGGUUUUGCAGCCUCCUCCACACCAGAGUCUUCACACUUUCACUAGAGGUAACGAUGUUGAUGUACACCGCGCGACGCGUCUUCUGCCGGCCGAGAGCAUUUUUGUGGCUAGAGAAGCCCCUUUGGCGUCCUCUUUGCGGGAAGUGGCCCGAUCUGAGCUUGACCGGCCUCCAGUGGAGUUCAUUACACUCAACAGCACCUCUCGAACUGCUGAGGCACUGGAUCCUAAUCAGAUCUACCGGCGCUCACCUCGCCUGCUUCAGGAGAGAGUGGUAAGUCGCGUUGAGUCAGUGGGUGCGCCUCAACCCCCGAGGGAGUACGAAAAGUACGGCAGCCCCAUGAUGCUUGAUCCUCCCCGAGAAGCCCGACCUGCAAGCGUCGGGGGAGCGUACUUUGACCCUGCUUUACGGCCUCGGUCUCCGGCUCUGCGAGAGGUUCGUUAUGAUGAACGCGGUCGCGUUCUGAUCCCGGUCGACUCGCAACCACCACCGAAUCAGCCUUUACCGGCACCAGCACAUCAUCCGGGCCCGUCCCGAACACGCCGUCAUGACGGCGUUUAUGGCUUCGAGAGAGAUCCUCCCUACCAGUACUAG